CUCCCCAUCACCUUAUCUUCUGCUCGCCCCUCCUCCACCCUCUCCUUUUAUCUCCUCCUUUCCACUCCUUCCACCCACUUCAAUUGCAUGAUCUCCACCUUCUCCAUUAUUAAUUCGACCCUCUCAUCCCCUACUCGUCACCCGACCUCCCGCUGGCCCGCAUGUCGUCCUCCUCGAGCUCGAGAUCGGGAUCUCGUCCUCCACCACAGUCCACCAAGAACAACAACAACAACAACAACAACAACAACAGCACUACCUCCCUACAGCAAUCCGCCGCCUCCUACUUCUCUUAUCCAGUCACUCACGUCGUCUCCGGCCUCUACCGUCGCCUCACCGACCCCCCAAGCAAUAAUACCAACUCCAACAACACCAUGCGCCGCAAGACCGACCAAGUCUACACGCCCGUCCGCACCGCCUCGCCCUUCCAACCACCUCCUCUAACCCCCUCACCCUCUCCGAUCCCUCCACACUACUCACCCGGUCUCUGGCCGAAGAAAUUCGCCUUCUCUCUCGACCGCGACGGCGCCUCCCUCUCCACCCUCUACGACCACUGCCGCGACAUCUCCGCCCGCAGCCCUCGCGCCGGCUACGUGCUCGUCAUCCGCGAUGCCUCGCCCUCCUCCACCGCCGUCUUCGGCGCCUACAUGACUGAUCCCCCGCACCCAGACUCCCACUACUACGGCACCGGCGAGUGUUUCCUAUGGCGAGCGAGCGUGCUCCCGCCCUCAACAGCGAUGUUGAAUUUCACCUCGGAUAUGGAUGGCGCGGGCGCAGAGGCAUUGGAGAAGGCCGGGUUCCCGUUGCCUCCGUCCGCGGAUACCACGAAUGCGGGCCGGUCGACAACCCUGCGUACGGGCGGAGGAGAGAAGUGGCUUUCUCCGGGGACGGCCUCGGGGACGGCUAGUGGACGGACAAGUGGGACAGCUACCCCGGAGCAGAUCCGCUUCAAAGCGUUUCCCUACAGUGGAGUGAACGAUUAUAUGAUUUUUUGUGAAACAGGAUUUUUGAGUUUGGGUGGAGGGGACGGACACUACGGGCUAUGGGUUGAUUCCAGCCUCGAAAAGGGCGUCAGUGCAUCCUGUCAGACCUUCGGAAACGAGCCGCUAUCGGACGAGGGCGUCAAGUUCGAUAUCAUUGGUGUCGAGGUGUGGUACGUCGGUUCUUGAGGAAUACCUACCCACCACUGGAUAUCGGUCCGUGAGGGCGUGAGGUUGCUAUACUUCGGACUUCGGAGGGAAAAUGAAUUAAAGGAUACAGUUUGAGGGCGCGUGAGACUAAUAUCUGCAGGCAGAAUGGUCAAUAAUAGCGGAAUUGCUUGGUGCUCGUUGGACUUGGAUGAGCAGAUCAACUCCCACCCCCGAUAAGGGCAUGCCAUGGGCCAUGGUCAUGCAAGAAGCGGCCUACGCGGUGGGCGAGCUGCGGAGGAUUGACGGCAGUGCCGCCGAUAGGUACAGGAUACCCUAGGUCGAGUCCAAAUUGCAUAUAGGUGGACGGCCGGGCCCAGAAUGUGAAUGCUAUCCAACAACCAUCAUGCAACAUGAAUCGUGAGUCGUAGUCUUAUUAUGAGCUACCGGUAAUUGAAAUGUAAAGAAAAACUAGAGCUCAAGUCCGCAAUUGCCA